GUUUUAUAAUUUUUUACACGUAAAAAAAUAUAGUUUCUUCAGAAUUCAGAGCGAUUUUUAAAAGUUUUUUUGUUAUUAUAUUUGAACAUAUCUGAACCCAAAAUGCCUGCCAAGUAUAAAGGAUAUGAAUUUUAUGAGAAAGUUCUAAAGAAACCACGUUACAUAGUGGCACCAAUGGUCGAUCAGUCCGAACUGCCUUGGCGAAUUCUAAGCCGUAGGCACGGUUCUGAGUUGUGUUACUCUCCUAUGUAUCACGCCUCAGUGUUCUUGAGAGAGCCUACAUAUCGUAAAGCUGCUUUAGCCACUUGUGAAGAGGACAGACCACUUAUUAUACAGGUUUGACAGAAGGGUUAAAGAUUUUUGUAGAUAGAAAUCAUCGAGGGGUCAUUCCAUUUAUUAUCCGCACCCCCCCUAUGGAUGAGCGGAUUCCUACCGGUCAGAUAUUAGGACUUAGGGGAUUCCUACUGGUCAGAUAUUGGGAAUUAACAGAUUCCUUUGGCCCGAUUCCUACCGGUCAGAUAUUGCCGUCAAGGUGUAGCAUACUAUAUUGCCAAAUAUUUAUUAUGAGAAUCAUAAUAAUUUCAUUUAUUAUUCUCACCCCCCCCCCGGUCUGACAUUGGGAAAUAGCAGAUUCCUACCGGUGAGAUAUUGGCAAUUAGCAGAUUCCUACCAGUGAGAUAUUGGCAAUUAGCAGCAUUCCUAGGGUUUAGAUUGAUACUGUCGAUUCCAACAGGGUACUUCUCUGAAAUCCGAUUCCUACAGGUAACAUUUUUACCAGAGCUCAUCCAUAGGGGGGGGUGCGGAUAAUAAAUGGAAUGACCCGAGUCGUUCGAGCUGAAGAAAAAAUAUGCAACUAUAUAUACUGUCCCUGCCAGGAAUUGAACCUGCGGCCUAUGAUUCCAGUGCAGUGCUCUAUAAACCAACUGAGCUACAGAGUCCAGUUGUUGAGCUCCAACCACAAGUUCAUGUAUAUAUACUAGGACUAUUCCCCCACAAAUAUUCCCACAAAAUAUUACACAUGCAUUAUGUUUUUUUGGACUAUAUAAAUUUUCAUAUCCGUUCCUGAGAUUUGAACCUGGGGCCGGCCCAUGCUAGUCGAGUGCCUUGACCACUUGACUACCAAGGAUUUGCUUGAAGUCAUUUGACAUUUAUAUGACAUCAUUAGUAAUACUAUAGUGAUUGACCGAUCAUGCAACAAUCGGAAAUUACUAAAUAUCAACCUAACCGAUACCAAGAUUAUAAUGUCACAUGUAAUGUCAUUAACUUGCUUGCCAAUAACAGCAGUUUGACAACCCAUUUUCCACUUCACCACUAAAUUUGCUUGCUGCCCUGCGCUUAAUUACAUUAAAUCUGAUUUUCCAAUUAACAUACGAGACUCUAGUCCUGGACUAGGGUACAUUUUGAUUUACGUUGACAAAGCUUAUAGUUCGGUUGGAUACCAAUACACUUGGUCAGACAAACAUAAACCUUAGUUUCGCUUACAGUACCGCUUAGAAUUAACCUAACACUGCGGUUGCGGUCGUUUUGCGGUUAGCGUGCGGUUAUCGGGCGGUUAACGUGCGGUCAACGUGCGGUCAACGUGCGGUUAUCAGGCGGUUUUUUUUUCGGUUUAGCCCACGCAUCGGCAAAAAGCUAACCGCUGUUUUAAUAUGCAUUCUGAUUCCGAGGAUUUCCGACCAAAAGCAGUAAAAUAUUCGCGGUAUAGAAUGUCUUCAAUAAUAAAAUGCUAACUCGGGCUAUAAUAUAAUAGCUAAGAGAAAGCUUAAAGACUGUGGUGUCAGCGUCAAUUAUAAUAAGGGCUACAGCAGAUCGUCGAUUAUAAUAAAGUUUUAUAAUAAAGGAUAGAUUGUCAAUUAUAAUAAAGUUUUAUAAUGAAGGCUCCAGGUUAUAACGUGUGUGCCUAAAAGGCCGAGAUUUUAUUUACCUUCUAGGUACACACGUUAUAACCUUUAGCCUUUAUUAUAUUAAAGAGUUAAGUUAAUUUAAGUUGAUGCUCGUGCCAAAUUCUUACUUAAUCUAAAACAUCUAUUUAAACUGUAAUAAACAAGAAGAUCGAGACCUACAUAUUUGCCUUUACCCUUCGUUUAAACUCUUAAUUAUCCCAACAACUGAAGUAUUUGUCGAAAGUAAGGAGACAAUUCGCUCCCUGGCAUAAAGCGACAGCCUCCCCAUGCCUCAAUGUUUAAAAAAUAUGUCAAUAUUUAUAACUUUAAGCAAAUUAAUUAAGCAAACACGGAGUUUUAUAAUGACCCCUUCGGAAAUACACGAAUAUUUACGAAUGCUGACGAGUAUAUACGAAACUUGCGGAUCGGUUCGGUUCGGUUGCGGUCAAACCUCGGUUAAACCUCAUGGUCACUGCGGUUUAACCUCAAAAUUACCGCGGUAUAACCUCGGUCAAACCUUUAAAUCACCGCAGUCACACCGCGGUCAAACUGAGGUUCAACCGAGGUUAAACCGCGGUUUUUGUUAGGUUAAUUCUGAGCGGUACUGUAGGUCCGGUGUCAGACAAUUUCACCAAUGAGUCAGACAAUGUCUGUGAUUGUACAUAUAUUUUAAGGCCUAACUUAUACAUCUUCUUUUGUGUAGUUUUGUGCAAAUGAUGCAGAAACUCUUGUGAAUGCAGCUUUGCUUGCAGAACCUCAUUGUGAUGCAAUAGAUUUAAACUUGGGAUGUCCACAGGGUAUUGCCAAGAGAGGUACUGUGUGCGUUAAUGUCAUAUGGUUCCCUAUAGGACGAUGUACACUACACAACUUUUGCAUAAAACUGUUGCAUGCAACCUGCUUACAACUUGAGUUGUACUGUGUCAAUCAAGCACACAACUCACCUACGACAACAUAGACAAGUUGUGAGCAUGAUUUAGACAGUAUAACUCGAGUUGUAAGCAGGUUGCAUGUGACAGUUUCAGGCAAAAGUUGUGCAGUGUAAAUUGGCCGUAAGAGAUAUUAACACAUUUUCCCCUGAACUGCCCCAUGUUAAUAGUUAUUAACAAUAUCUUAAUAUGUCUUGAGUAAUAUGAUUCACUGUAUGUGUGUUCUAGGACAUUAUGGAGCAUUCCUGCAAGAUGAGUGGGACCUAAUAAGUAAAAUUGGUAAAUGAUUUCCAUUAUUUUCUUCAAGAUACAGUUCAUAUACAGUAGCUAUCUGCAUAUUUUUAUCAAUUCCCUUGACAAGUAAAAUCAUCUGUCAUUAGACAGAGCAAACAAUCUGGUGGUGUUAGACAUAGUAAAAUCAUCUGGGUAUGCAGUCUGGGGUCUCUCAAAUCUGCACUUUGAGGGAAGAUUUAAACUUUUAUACUCACUGUAAAAUACUAAAGGUAAUUUACUGUGUUUUCAGUAAGUUUGGCUGCCGAAAAAUUAUCAGUUCCUGUCACCUGUAAAAUAAGAGUGUUCGAAGACAUACAGAAGACGGUGGAUUAUGCAAAAAUGUUAGAAAAGGCUGGCUGUCAGGUGAUUAGAUUGAAUGUUUUUGAAAAUAAUUGUGAAGCUUGCGAUAUCCCAUGCGGUAGUGUACAAAUGUACAUAUUUAUGCUUAAUUAUCUUCUGACCUUUGUAUAAAGACAUAUAUUCUUUGGCAAAGUUUGUCAUGUCAAAUAAGAACCACCCCAAUGGUUAGCUGAUAAACCUAUAGAUCGGUGGGCAGACUGCAUGUGUGACUGACUGGCUUACCGACCAACUGAUCUAAAUAUUCCUAAGUUACACCACUGCAUGCACAUUAUUAUUCUUUGCAUGCACUUUUUUGGCCAGGGUUUUUUAUUCCUCAAACUAUUUUCAACUCAAAAUUCAUUUUAAAGCUUUUAACAGUCCAUGGCAGAACUAGAGAGCAGAAAAAAGAAUUGAGUGGUCUAGCAAGUUGGGACCACAUCAAGGCAGUCAAGUAUGUUCUUUUGCUGGUGUUUUUAUUGUCGUCAUAAAUUUGGAGAACAUUGUCAAUGUGGUUUGUUGUUGGUUUUCAGAGAGAAUCUAUCAAUUCCAGUGUUUGCAAAUGGCAAUAUUUUAUAUUUCAAUGAUGUUCAGAGAUGUUUGGACUAUACUGGAG